UGAUUUUAAUUUGAAUCUGAAAAGUAUGGGAUGAAUAUAUGCGUUCAACCCACCAAAGUCAGAACUUCCCGUUGUAGCUCACCUGGCUCAAUGAUUAAGUAGGGUUAUUAAUGGUGAUGGGCAGAUUCAUUUAACCAACUUUUAAUCAGUGUGGAUCAAAUUUCUAGAUUUAUUGUUGUGUUUUGCUGAAGAAGUUGUUUUUUGCACACAAAAAGGUACUUGACCAGCAUAUCUUUUCCACACACCAAUCUGAGGUUUCCUGUUUUUUAUUUUUGCUUCUAAGUGUAAAGAUAUGCAAAUACUUCCGUUGCCAACUCUCCGCUUCCUCUCCAAGUACUUUGAACAAAAGCUCAACAACUUCUCCUCUCUCUGUUUCCAUUCUUUGUCUCAAAGCCAAACUCUAACAUCCCUUUGUUUCUGGCCAAAGCAGAGUGUGUCUUUGGCAGUUUCAGUAGAAUGGAAACCAAUCAUGUGGAAACAGCAGCUUAGAAAUGACGUUGAUACGAUUUAAGAAUGUAUUGACUGGAAACCUCAAAUGUCUUUGUGGUCUCCUGAGAGUGGGUGUAAAACGUCUUUGUGUUUCAUCACCUCCUUUUUUUCCCCCAUCUCUCACUGGCUACGUGAACAGCUUCCCUGAGAGGAGGCAGUGAUGUCGACCUAUAUGGCCUAACAGGCUUGUGAUCUACUUUUCUAAUUAGCAAAAGUGGAAACUACGACAAGACGGAGCUGGAACUUAUGCUAAAAAAUUCAGUUUAAGACAAAUUACUACUAACUUUUUGUUAGAUUUAAACGACACAUCAGAGUCAGUCAUGAGUCAAGAUGUUUCAUCUCAUUCCUUCCCUAAAUAUCUCUGUGCUUUUUGCCUCCCACCCCAGUGUGUUUGUGCAUUUCUUCUCGACAGGCAGGAAGCCCUGUCAUGUGACUUCCUGCGAUCUGUCAAAACUUCAGCCUCAGUUUGGACCAAUUUUACACCUGCUCCACCUUGAGAAACAGAAGCGGUCCCAGCAGUGCGAGACAGAGCCGCUCGAGCAGAGAAGUCGACGGUAUGUGUUGCUUUUGAGGACGGACAGCUUAGUUUGCAAUUAAAGAGGAAGUGCGUUGGGAGGGACAAUGGAGGGCCAGAAAACGGUGAACUUCACGAGACUGUUGUCAGACGAAAGCGUCCAGUCCACCCUGUCGUCAGACUCAUGUGAGUACUACCAGACAGAGAUAUUUGACCUGCUGCCCAGUGUCCAGGCUGUCCGGUCCCAGCAGGACAGCUAUGAUAUGCUGAAAAGCAGCGAGGCCUUCAGGUCGGGUGGCCCGCGACCCGACGAGGCCUUCGGCGCUGAGAGCCAGUCAAGAGGACCCAGAGACAAGCUGUCGCUGCAGCCACUGCGAGACCUGCCCAUUUGUAUGCAGGGGAAGAGGAGCGCAAGGGAAAGGAGGAAAAUGCAGAUCAGCAACAUUGGUUUCUGGGAGUCAUGGAGGCGGAGCCAGAGCAUCAACAGGAAGAGGGUCUGGGCUCACAUGAGGGAGGCGGGAGCCAGCUUGUUGCCUUGGAAACACACACUCCACAAAAUUCAAGGGAGGUUUGGCGUCGGAGUGAAGUCCUACUUUGUGUUCCUCAGAUAUCUGAUCUACUUGAACCUGCUGCACUGUGCUCUGAUCAGCGGCUUCAUCCUGGGGCCCACAGGGUUUUAUGGCAAAAACAGCAGAGAAUGGUUGCGAUUUGGCGGAGACGACUCUGUGUUAGACUUCCUCGUGGGAACGGGACUUCUGGCUCGUUCGCCUGUUUUCUUUGGCUUCUACACCAGAGGCUCUCUGGACCACGACUGUCUGAACACACCCCUGCUUUACCUGGCUGGGAUCCUCUGCAUCAUCUUCCUCAGUCUCAUCAUGGUUGUCCGCAGAACAAUCGUUGGCUACAAGCACACCUGGAUGCUCGAGAAGCGAACCAGCAUGAACGUGAGCUUUAAGGUCUUUUGUGGCUGGGACUACACCAUCCAGCAUUCAAAGUCUGCAGAGCUCAAGCAGAGCUUCAUCAGGAACGACCUCAAGCUCUUCCUGGAGGAGAGGAAGUUCAACUUGAAAAAGGCUCAAAGGACUCUGGGACAAAAGCUGCGCCUCUACCUGCUGAGGUUCAUCCUCAACCUGAUUGUUGUCUUUCUGCUCGGUGGAGCUUUUACCCUCAUCUACUACUCCACAAACGUAUCCCUUAAAGAGUCGAACCAAGUGUGGAUUCUCAGGCUGAUUCUUCAGUAUCUUUCUCCCAUCACCAUCACCUCUGUGGACCUAGUUCUCCCUCAGAUAUUCCGCAAGAUCUCAUCUUUCGAGGACUACUCACUAACCGUUCAAGUGAAUGCAACACUUGUGAGGAGUAUCUUCUUGAAGCUGGCUUCCCUGGGGAUCUACUUAUUUUUCCUCUUCAAAACAACAUCAGUAGAAAAUCGUAUGUGCAGGGAAAACCAGAUUGGCAUUCAGAUGUACAAACUGUGCAUCUUCAACUUCCUCACCACUUUCUGCAACACUUUUUUGGUGAACUACCCCAGGAAGCUUUUGCAGGAGAAGCGCCCAACAUGCUUGCUGGUCCGGCUGUGCGGGAGGCAGCGGUUCCUGAUCCCGUUCAAAGUUCUGGAUCUGGUCUACAUCCAAACUGUGUUCUGGGUUGGGGUGUAUUACUGCCCCCUGCUGCCUAUGAUCGGAGUAGUCAGCCUGCUGGUGAUAUUCUACAUCCAAAAGUUUGGUGUCCUGCGGUGCUGUGAGGCGGAGCAGCGGAUGUUCCGAGCCUCCAGCUCGUCGGUUUUAUUCCACUUCAUGCUCCUGCUGGGCCUCGUCAUGGCUGCAGCCGCGCCGAUCGUUGACUUCCACCUGGCUGAGAGAACAAACACGAUCUCCUGUGGUCCGCUUAAAAAUGAAACUGUGCUCACCGUGACAGAAACCUGCGUGAAAAGUCUUCCCGACUCAGUCCAGAACGUUCUCAAGUACUUGUCCUCACAAGCCUUUGCCCUGCCUCUCCUGCUGGGUGAGAUCAUCAUCCUGACAUCGUACGUGUCACGAGGACGCGCCAACCGGAAGGCAAUCGAAAGGCUUAAAGAUAUGCUGAUUAUGUGCAGCUCGGAUAAACGCUUCCUGGUGAAGCAGCAUGCCACCUUACUGAGAGGUCCCAAGAACCCAAACAGAGUCCGUCCUGCUGCUGUGGAACAGAAACGGCCCCUCCACGGCGCUCCCUGAUGCUCCCAGUUUACUCUCAUCUGGAAAUGAUGGAAAACAAGAAGGCAUAUGUUGAAUUAUUCACAAAGGAGCAGAGUGACCUAUUGAAACUUGUGACCCAAUUCUGUAAAAAGACAUUUUCAGAUUAUUCUUGCAAGCCUUUUAUACGCCUGUGAUAAAGCUAACAGUGCGCAGACUGCUGGAAGGCCUUUUAUCAGUGUUGAUAUUGAUGACAUGCACAUUAACCUCUCUAUAUGGAAAAUAGAGCUUGGUAGUAUUCCUAAAUGUUAAUUUAAUAUUAUUCAAGAGGCUGUAAAUGUUUUUAUUUGUGUGUCUAUUAAACUUUUUUGCACUAA